GUACUAAAAAUUCUUGUUUAGAUCAAAACAAAAUAAAAAUCAUCAGUAGUUUGUAAACGAAGAUUCAGAACUUUACAAGGCAAUUAUUUUCCUUUUUUUUAUUUAUAUUUCUGUUAUAAGCGGAGUAGUUAUUAAUUUAUUUCAUCUUUAACUUAUGGCCGAAAAUCAAAAUAUAGAAAGUUUCACAGAAAAGCAAAGUUUGGUAUUCAAUUUAUUGCGAUGGUCUUCUUUCUGUAAUGAAAUGUUACGUUCGGCAGAGAAGUCAAUUUUGAGGUUUAUUAAGACACCUUACAAAGGCUUCUACAUAGAUGUUGGCUCCAGUGUGGGUGAUUCUGACAAAAUAUGGACAGUAGCUUUAAACGAAACAAGUCCAAAGACGCCUCUCGUGUUACUUCAUGGUCUCGGUGCUGGUUGUGCUUUAUGGGUUCUUAAUUAUGACGACUUUGCACGAGAUCGGCCAGUUUAUGCAAUUGACGUACUAGGCUUUGGCAGAAGUUCUCGUCCUGAGUUUGCUCAAGAUGCGAAAAUGGCAGAGAAGCAAUUUGUGAGAUCAAUCGAAGAAUGGAGAAAAGAAGUUAACAUUAAGAAAAUGAUCCUUUGUGGUCAUAGUAUGGGAGGGUUUCUUGGGUGUGCUUAUGCUUUGACAUAUCCCGAUCACAUUCAACAUCUUAUAUUAGCAGAUCCCUGGGGAUUCCCAGAAAAACCUGAAGACGCCAACACAAAGUACAAUGUACCAUUUUGGGUGAAAGCAAUUGCUUAUGCAAUUCAACCUUUAAAUCCACUUUGGCCACUUCGAGCUGCUGGCCCUUGGGGUCAGUGGGUGGUUGAGAAAAGUCGACCAGACAUAAUGAGAAAAUUUAAUGCAGUUGUAAAAGAUGAAACUGCAAUACCUCAAUAUAUUCAUCAAUGUAACGUACAAAAUCCAACAGGUGAGUCUGCCUUUCAUUCAAUGAUGGCAGGUUUCGGUUGGGCGAAGAAUCCAAUGAUUAAACGAAUUCACGAAAUUCGUGAUGAUGUGCCAAUCACGCUUCUUUAUGGAUCCAAGAGCUGGGUGGAUUCAUCAGCUGGGGAUAUUAUAAGAAAAGCUCGACCUAAUAGUUUUGUAAAUUUUCAUGUUAUUAAUCAAUCUGGACAUCACAUAUAUGCUGAUAGAGCGGAGGAAUUUAAUAAACUUGUUCUUCAAGCAUGUCGCGAGAAAGAAGAACAAGUUGAGGAUGAAACGAAUGAAGAGUAGAAUAAACAAAUUUUAACUAUAAUUACCGUACAAUGACGACUGUGUCUGUUAACUGAAAAUGCAAUAAAAUAUUUAUUUGAAUAACUUGUGAAAGUA